ACACGUGGAGAACAUGGAGGACGACUUCCGGCCGCAGGUGAAGAAGGUGGCUGUGGCCAUGGGCGCGUCCCUCACAGAGCAGGAUGUGGACCACAUGCCACGGGACAUGAGAAUGCAAGGGAACUUCAACUACAGCAGGUUUCUGGAGUACAUGAGGCAGUUCAAGACCUCAGAGCAAAGAGAGGAGGCCAUCAAGAAGGCCUUCAUGAUGCUCGACAAAGACGGCAGCGGCUACAUAGAGUGGAACGAGAUCAAGUACAUUCUGUCGACAGUGCCGGCUGCGACCCCGUUCGCUCCCCUCUCCGAUGAGGAGGCGGAGGCCGUGAUCCAGGCUGUCGACACUGAUGGAGACGGACGCAUCGACUACAGAGGUGAGGGCGCCCUCUGGUGCACUGGCCUGCUGUCACCACUGAGGGUCAGCAAGUUUUCAGACAUGGUGAAGAUGGAGAAGAAACCGAGAAAGUAG